AUGACCAUAACCCUCCACUUCGUGCGCCACGCCCAAGGUUUCCACAACCUCUGCACCGCCAACCACACCCUCCCAGACCCGCUUCUCACCCCCCUCGGAAAGGAACAAUGCACGACGCUCUCUCAAACCUUUCCCUCCCCCCAAAAAAUAACCCACCUCGUCGCCUCCCCCCUCCGCCGCACCCUCUACACAGCCCUCUACUCCUUCCCCAGCGCCACCGCGCGCGGCAUCAAAGUCAUCGCGCUCCCCGAAAUCCAAGAAACAUCUACCCUUCCCUGCGACACCGGGUCUGCACCUGCGGCACUCGCGGAGGAAUUCGCCGGGAGCGUGGAUUUGGGACUUGUGCAUGAAGGGUGGAAUAGUAAGAGUGGGAGAUGGGCAUCCAACGCGCCAGCGAUUGAGAAGCGCGCGCGCGAAGCACGGGUUUGGUUGCGGGAAUUGGGGAUGCAGGCGGAGAGGGAGGGGACCGAGGAUGUGAAUAUUGUGGUGGUGACGCAUGGAGGCUUUUUGCAUUAUUUUACCGAUGAUUGGGAAGAUUCCUCCCUCUUCGUCGGAACCGGCUGGUCUAAUACAGAAUUCCGCUCCUAUCAUUUCCGCGCCGCCGAUUCCAGCGAUCCCAAUGCCGCAGUUCAAGAGACGAAAGAAAGUAGAGAGAGAAGGAAAGGAACGGAGAAACCGCUUACGGAUGAUGAACAGAGGAAUUUGAGAGCUGCGGCGGAGAGUGGAUGGCAGCAAGAUGGGUUUCAACAGAAGGUGAAGAAUGAGGAGGGGAAGGAAGUUGAGGUUGCUGCUUAGGGGGUGUGGAUGAUAUAGAUCGUAUAGGUAUAGGUAUAAGGAGAUGGAUGAAGGUUUAGGACUUAUAUCGUUGAAAGAAAUUAUAGAUUGCAUAUAGAUUUUGAAUAGAUCGGACAGACUCGGGUAGAUUUAGAUGGAUAGACAGAUAGUUCGCAUGCUAGAAAGCAAUCAUAGAAUUCACUUAUUAGUAAACGGUGCUAUGUAAACUAGAAUCAUAGCACAUAUA